CUGACUUGGCAAAAAAUUCAUCUCUCUACACAAUGACAGAGGAAGCUUCCAUGCUACUCACACAUCUCAACAUGGAGUGUCACAGACGCUGGUGGACCUUGACCCGUCUCUCUCCGUUGACCCCAAAACCGCACACUUCCCCCACACCGGCGCCCCCACCCCCCCCCCCCCCCCCCCGCCGCCGUCCUGUACAACAAUACAAUAAAUUGAUUGAUAUAAAUAAUCUCCAACCCCAUUGGACUUCCCUAUUCCAAACUACCAUUCCCCUUUUUCUUCUUCUUUCUCAUCCCUAUCUUCAAUAUCAUCGCACACCUCACAGUCACACACCCCUCAUUUUCCAAUCAUGUAUACCUCAAAUUCAACCGAGUACCAGAGAUACUUGACCACUGUGCCGCCUCCGCCGCCGCCCCCCUACGACCAGCCGGCCGAAGGCAUCCCCGUCGAUUCCGCUGAUAAUUUCUACAGCGAGAACGUCCCACAGAUACCGGUCCCAGUUCGGCCCAAACCACUGGUCCCUUGGUCCACAGGACUCUGUGACUGCUUUGAUGAUGUCAAUAAUUGCUGUCUUACUUGCUGGUGUCCGUGUAUUACGUUUGGACGGAUUGCUGAGAUUGUGGACAAAGGGUCAAGCUCAUGUGGAACAAGCGGAGCACUAUACACAUUAAUAACGUGCGUGACUGGGUGUCCGUGUUUCUUCUCGUGCUUCUACCGUGCAAAGAUGAGGCAACAAUACUCUCUGCAGGAAAACCCUUGUGGUGAUUGCUUGCUUCACUGCUGCUGCGAGUCGUGCGCCUUGUGUCAAGAGUACCGUGAGCUCACCAAUCGAGGAUUCAACCUCCCCGUCGGAUGGCAUGGAAAUGUCGAGAAACAAAAACGGGAAGUGGAAAUGGCACCGGCGGUUGAAGAAGGGAUGAGCAGAUGAAAGGGGAACAUAGAGUAUAUACGAUAUUUAUCUCUUUUCGAUUCUCCUCUCUAUCUAUGUACGCAUCAUAAUUUGUAACUUUAAUUGUUGAACGUAAAAUGUACAAGGGACGAGCAGAUAAUUGUAUUUUGUAAUGUUGAAUUGUUUACCACUUCUACUACUACAGAUGCAUUUGCAAUAA